UGACCCCUCUCUGCCCAUCUCCCAGAGGAACAAGCAUGCAACAAGCAAGCAAGCGGAUUUGUGGCCGGGGAAAGCAAACCAAACCGAAGCAAAGAACACAACAAAACUAACAAACAACUGGUAAUUGAUUACAACUACUCUGGUCUGCUCUGCUCUGGGGUGGGUUUCCUCCCCUUUCCUCCCCGGACUCGGCAUCAUCAUCCUCAUCGAUCCACCCAUCGAUCUGGUUCUGGUGCCAGCCCAAAACCUAAGAACCUCCAUGAACGAGCACUGAACCCGGCCUGACAGACAGCAAGAACGAACUGUGAUGAUGGGAACAGAGUGCAUAACCGCCUCACUCGGCGACGAUCCUGAACCCUCAGUCCCGCCUGGAUUUGGACCGCCACCUGGAUUUGGGCCGUUUGCUGCGUAUGCAUUGCAAGGAACCCAGAAGGAUGCCAAACUUGCUGAUGCUCGUCCUAGUCCUGCUCAAGUGUUUCAGAAUGAGAAGAAACAUGUUGAAUCCCUGGAAGGCCAGCCCCAUUCAGCUCAGAGCCGAAACGACACGCACUGUAGUACUUCCGGGAGCCAUACGUGUAGGCAGUCGCUGCGGAACAGGCCUCCAGUCGAUUACAGCCGCUUUGAUAAUAUGUCGGAUGAAGAUUCCGAUGUCGAAGUAGUAGAAAAGGCGGCUACGAGUUUAGUGAGACGCAGACAGCAGUUACCCAAAGGAGUUUUUCGAGGAUGUGCGGCAUGCAGUGACUGUCAAAAGGUUGUUGCAAGUUGGAAUCCAGCUGGUGCACGGAGACCUGUUCUUGAUGAGGCUCCUGUCUUUCAUCCUACUGAGGAGGAAUUCAAAGAUACCCUUAAAUAUAUUGAGAGCAUACGGCCAACAGCAGAACCAUAUGGGAUUUGCCGUAUUGUUCCACCACCUUCGUGGAAGCCGCCGUGCCUUCUUAAAGAGAAGAGUACGUGGGAAAACUCAACAUUUUCUACACGGGUACAGAAGGUUGACAAGCUUCAAAACCGUACAUCAUCCAAAAAGAGCACAAGAGGUGGAAUGAUGAAGAAGCGGAGAAAGCUUUCAGAGCCAGAAGAAAACAGCAAGAGAUUUGGAUUUGAACCUGGACCAGAGCUCACAUUGCAGAAAUUUCAGAAGUAUGCAGAUUACUUCAGCGAGCAGUAUUUUAAGAAAGAUGCAUCUAUGAAUUCACCACCAUCAGUGGAAGAUAUUGAAGGCGAGUAUUGGCGUAUAGUUGAAAGUCCCACAGAAGAGAUAGAGGUGAUCUACGGCGCUGAUUUGGAGACAGGGUCUUUUGGCAGCGGCUUUCCAAAGUUACCUCCCGAGACAAAAUCAGGUGUUGAGGAUAAGUAUGCACAAUCUGGUUGGAAUCUAAACAACUUGCCUCGACUACAAGGCUCAGUUCUUUCUUUUGAGGGCGGUGACAUUUCUGGUGUUCUGGUGCCUUGGGUGUAUGUUGGCAUGUGCUUUUCAUCAUUCUGCUGGCAUGUCGAAGAUCAUCAUUUAUACUCGUUAAACUACUUGCAUUGGGGUGCCCCAAAGAUGUGGUAUGGAGUUCCAGGAAAGGAUGCUGUGAAUCUGGAGUCUGCAAUGAGGAAACAUCUACCUGACUUGUUUGAGGAGCAACCUGAUUUGCUUCACAACCUGGUUACUCAAUUUUCACCAUCGCUGCUAAAAUCUGAAGGAGUACAAGCCUAUCGUUGUGUUCAGCGUGAGGGUGACUUUGUCCUGACAUUCCCGCGAGCGUACCAUGCUGGGUUCAAUUGUGGCUUCAACUGUGCAGAAGCUGUUAAUGUGGCACCUAUUGAUUGGUUGCCAGUUGGACAGAAUGCUGUAGAGCUUUAUCGUGAACAAGCUCGGAAAAUAACUGUUUCCCAUGAUAAGUUGUUGUUGGGGGCUGCAAGAGAAGCAAUCAGAGCUCAGUGGGAUAUCCUAUUCCUCAAGAGGAAUACUGCUGAUAAUUUGAGAUGGAAAAGUGUAUGUGGACCUGAUAGCACUAUAUGCAAAUCACUUAAGGCACGAAUUGAGACGGAGUUGGCGCAAAGGCAAAAUCUAUGUUCUCCAUCUCAAUCUAGGAAAAUGGAUGCUGAGUUUGAUUCCACUGAUAGGGAGUGUGCUUUUUGCUACUAUGAUUUGCAUCUUUCUGCUUCUGGCUGUCCAUGCUGCCCAGAGAAGUAUGCUUGCCUGUUACACGCAAAGCAACUUUGCUCAUGUGACUGGGACAAAAGAUUCUUCCUAUUUCGCUAUGAUGUCAAUGAGCUUAAUAUCUUGGCUGAUGCUUUGGGGGGCAAGUUGAGUGCUGUUCACAGAUGGGGUGUCUCUGAUCUUGGCUUAAGUUUGAGCUCAUGUGUCAAAAGAGAAAAGGUCCAGGAUUCCAAGACUGUUCGCAGAGCAACUGAUGGCCCAAGAAGGUCCUACAUGUCACAGGCGUCAACAGUAUCCUUGGUACCUUCCCUUGUUUGCAAUGAACAGAAAGAUAAAGGAAAUAAGAUGCCGAGCUUAGCUAGCCCAGAGGCUAGCAAUGCCUGCCCUUCUGUGGAGCAGAUGAAACUGGGAAAUGUUUCACCAUCAAAGCAGUCCUCCAUGAAGGAUGAGCCAUCCUGUCCAACAAACAAUGACACCAACAGAUUGCAAUAUAAUGGAGGGCUUGGAGACCAGAAAAGCUCUGCACCCGUCUUACCAGUUUCUUCCAGCCAAUCAUUUUCUUCGAAUGUUGUGACAAGACCCUUCAAUACUUCAAGUGAAUCCACGAAAAGUGUGCAUGGCUUGGCAGUAUUGAAGGCGAGUAGAGAAUCUUCUUUGCAAGCUGGAGAAUAUAGAUCAUCACUUGUUGAGCAUCAUAACAGGUCACCUUCUAUGAUUCAUGACGGAACCAACAUGAAGCCCAGUUUAGAUAGCUCAAACACUUCGCACAGGUUGAUUGCAUCCGACUCUAAUGCAACUCUCUGUCACUCGGACAAGGAUCAUGCACUUAUAACACCAGAGACUAAUGCCUCAAUAAUGCUUGAGAAAGGCAACAGCCAGCUCCGUACUGUGUCGAGUCAGCAGUUUAACCAAAAUGUUUCACGGACACCAAGUGUGUCUCAGGAAACAUCAAGCAGCGUCUUUGUUCCUAUAGACCCUUCUAGUGUUCAAGAUCCACACGGGCGUUUUCCUUCAGCCAGUGCCCAUCAUGGAAAUUUAACUUUCAAUCAGCAACCAAACAAUGGAUGGUUUCAAAGAAAACCUGAAUCUCAAUCUGCUGUAGAGGUUAGAGCCAGGGGGCAUCCAUCUGUCGCAGCACAACAUGCCCAUCCAUCUGUCUCACCACAACAUGCCCAUCCAUCUGUCUCACCACAACAUGCCCAUCCAUCUGUUGCACCACAACAUGCCCAUCCAUCUGCCGUAGCACAACAUGCCCAUCCACCCGCCAUAGCACACCCUGCUCUGGAAAUGCACAACAGGAAUGGAGGUCCACAGAGGGGUCCUCGCAUAGCAAAUGUCGUGCAUCGAUUCAAAUGCUCUGUUGAACCUCUGGAAAUUGGUACUGUGUUAUCAGGGAGAAUGUGGUCUUCAGGCCAAGCAAUCUUCCCCAAAGGAUUUAGGAGCAGAGUAAAAUACUGGAGCAUCGUGGAUCCAAUUCAAAUGGCAUACUACUUUUCCGAAAUAUUAGACGCUGGGUUGCAAGGACCUCUAUUUAUGGUUACUGUAGAGAACUGCCCAGGUGAAGUUUUCAUUAAUGAGUCGCCUACCAAGUGCUGGAACAUGGUCAGAGAGAGGCUGAACAUGGAAAUACGGAGGCAACUCAGUAUGGGAAGGCCUAAUGUUACUACUCUGCAGCCUCCAGGAUCUAUCGAUGGUCUUGAAAUGUUUGGGCUCUUAUCACCAGAAAUAGUUCGGGCAAUUGAGGCUCGGGAUAGAGAUCGCAUCUGUACAGAGUACUGGAGAUACAGGCCUCAUGCUGCCACUAGUAAUCAACAUACCCUACCUCAGAAUCCACCAAGUAUUGUCCUGAGGGGGCUCUUCCAGAGAGCUAGCCCGGAUGAACUGCGAGCCCUACGAAGUUUAUUGGCAAGCAAUACCAAUCUGGAUGAUAGGUCCAGGCAGCAGGCCACCCAUAUGCUUGAUGAGGAGAUUGCGAAGCAAUGGCGCUGACAAGAGUAGAUAUUAACAGAGUGUUGUAUUGUAGAUGGCAUGAUUUUUUCUAGAAGGCAGAGCAAAUUUCUUUCUUCUUUUAUUUCUAUGAGCAUGUUGCUCCUUGUGGACAACUGGACAUGGCAUAUCUCUUUGCCUCUUCCUGAUGUAUAAGAUCAUUCUGUACUGGCCAUCUUUCGAAGUUGAAAUGGCAUGAGAAUUCUUUCUAUUUA